GGGACCGACGCUGUGUAUAUCCACGGCGGCUACUCCAAGGUGAAAGCGACCGUCACGACCGUAUUCGGUCAUUCCCAGAGUAGCAAGGCUGAGGGUCACGUCCACGAC